CUGGCUGCCUCAGGCAACUGAAGUCACCAACGAGGAACGAACCCCACUCUCCUCUCCUCCGGCUGGGCUUCGGGCGGCGGCGGCGGGGGUGGAUGGCCUCCGCGGCUUCGGCCCCGGCGUUCGAGCGACUGGCCGGGAUCCGGGCGCUCGCCGAGUCCGGCCGCUUCAAGGCGUGGUUCCUCGACCAGUUUGGUGUUCUUCACGAUGGCAAGAAGCCUUACCCUGGUGCCGUCUUUGCAUUGGAGAGACUCGCUGAGAAAGGGGCUAAGAUGGUGAUCAUUAGCAAUUCGUCUAGGAGGUCUUCUGUAACCAUGGAGAAGCUAAGGAGCCUUGGGUUCGACCCAUCUUGUUUCCUCGGGGCUAUCACUAGCGGGGAACUCACACAUCAGUACCUUCACAAGAGAGAUGAUCCAUGGUUUGCAGCUCUUGGAAGAAAGUGUGUUCAUCUGACAUGGGGCAAUCGAGGUGCAAUUUCUUUGGAGGGCCUUGGUUUGCAAGUUGCGAGCAAUGUCGAGGAGGCAGAGUUUAUAUUAGCCCAUGGUACUGAGGCCCUGGGUCUACCUUCUGGGGAUCCACUUCCCAAAAGUCUUGAGGAGCUUGAGCAGGUUCUAAUGUUAUGCCUAGAAAAGCGACUGCCAAUGGUGGUAGCUAAUCCUGAUUAUGUUACUGUUGAGGCACGAGAUCUACGUGUCAUGCCUGGCACUCUAGCAGCCAAAUAUGAGAACCUUGGUGGUGAGGUGAAAUGGAUGGGGAAACCGGACAAGGUGAUUUAUGCAUCAGCAAUGUCCCUGGCAGGGGUUAAUGCCCAUGAAUGCAUCAUGGUGGGUGAUUCACUGCACCAUGACAUCAAAGGUGCAAAUGGAUCUAGAGUCGAAUCUGCAUUCAUUACUGGAGGGAUUCAUGCGGCUGAACUUGGCCUCAAUGAGAUUGGAGAAACAGCUGAAGAGGACACCAUCGACUCAUUGUGCAGCAAACAUGGCUCCUAUCCCACCUAUGUUUUGCCUUCAUUUACAUGGUAGAAACAGGGUCUACCUUUGGUUAAGAGCAUCAUCUUCUUCUCAGAACGUGAUGCAGCAGCCAUCGGUUCCAGCAAGGUCAUGCAAUGUAAUGAGUAACUGUGCUCUGAGGUACCGCUAGAGGUUCCCAUCUUCCUGAGUUGUUGACAAAGGUCAUAACUUUUUCUUUUGAGAAAGAUUAGCAACGGUCAUGACCCUUUUUCCGGGGAACGAUUGAUAAAGUUCAAAACUCAAACCAGGAUAGUUCAGGAUGAGAAGUGCAAGGAUUCAUUCUUUUCUUAACCAUUCAAAUUUCAGUCAGAUUACUGAGAAUUAUUAAACUUGUGUUAAAGUUA